AUGAAUAUUGCUCACAAAAUAUAUCUUGGUUGGCAGGACCUGAUGAAUAACAAAUCAGAUCCAAGAACGACAAAUUGGUUUCUAAUGUCAUCACCGCUUCCUACAAUCAUGAUUUGUUUGUCAUAUGUCUACAUUGUCAAGGUGGUCGGUCCAAAGUUCAUGGAAAACAGAAAACCAUUCAAGCUUCGAAAAUUUAUAAUAUUUUAUAAUUUUCUGCAAGUCCUCUUCAGCGCAUAUUUAUUUUAUGAAGUUGCAUUUUCUGGAUGGCUUUCACAUUAUAAUUGGAGAUGUCAGCCUGUGGAUCGUUCACAAAGUGAAUCUGCAAUUAGAAUGAUUUAUGUAUCUUGGUGGUACUAUUUUAGUAAAUUCACGGAAUUCUUCGACACAUUCUUCUUUGUUUUAAGAAAACGAUAUGAUCAAGUUUCAACAUUGCACGUAAUUCAUCAUGGAAUCAUGCCAUUCAGUGUUUGGUGGGGAGUAAAAUUUAUGCCCGGGGGCCACAGCACAUUCUUUGGAUUCCUCAACACUUUCGUUCACAUUGUAAUGUACACAUAUUACAUGAUGGCUGCAAUUGGACCAGAAAUGCAAAAAUAUCUUUGGUGGAAAAAAUAUUUAACACUUUUACAAAUGGCACAAUUUGUAGGGAUAAUGGUACACGCAUUUCAACUAUUCUUCAGUAAUCCAUGCAAUUAUCCGAUGUCAUUUGCUUAUUGGAUUGGUGGACAUGGCGUUUUGUUUUUCUUCCUUUUUAAGAAUUUUUACAAACAAGCUUAUACAGCAAAAAAUAAAAGAAAAGUAGAAAAAGAUAUUAAUGCUAAUUCAAUGAGUGAAAAAAUUGAAUCCUGUGAUAGUAAACAGAAUGCGAAAUUUGACCUUAAUGGAAAUCAUGCAUUUGAAACUAAUCAUAUUAGCAACGGAGAUGCUUUAAGAAAUAGAUUAACUUCAUAA